AUGCAGUUCACAUCCAAGUCCCUGAUGCUCGGCGCGGCAGUAGCCCUGGCUGGUCUGCACCUCGCCCACGCCGCGAGCAACAACAAGCCCUGCCCCGGCGUCCAGCACGUGGGCGAUGGCGGCAAGGACGACUACUGCUGCAUCGGCGGCUCCCUGCACUUCAGCAACUGCGACGGCUGGCCCAUCUGCAAGGGGCCGACCUCGUUCGACCCGGCCACCGAGACGGUGCUGAGCUGCGCCACCACCGUCCCGCUGUCGGCACCCAACUACGCCGACCUGGUCUCGAGCGCGAGCUCCAAGUACCUCAACGCCCAGGGCUCUGCCACCGUCCCCUUGACGCCCGUCGGUGCCGCCGCCCAGGCCGCUCCGACGGCGGCCGGCCAGCCUGCCAAGACUGGCACGACCGCGAAGGCCACGACCUCUGCGCCUUCUGGUACGACUACGACCACGUCGGCAGGUGCCAAGACAACGCAGUCGAGCACGAACGGUGGUGGGAGGCUAGAAGCUGCUUAUGGUAUUGCUGGUGUCCUGAUAGGGGCCGCUGCGCUGUUGUGA